GGUUUCUGAGCGCUCGGGCAUCAGAUUCCAUUUCCAGUUACCUGUUCCUGCUGGGGUUCCUCCUCUAACAAAGCCGCGCCUCCCGGCCGAGUCCCCGAGCUGCGGAGGCCCGGCUGGCGCGCGCACGCGCACACGCCGCCCGCCCGCCGCGCGGCUGCCCGCGGUCCCCGGUGCUGAAGACGGAGCGCGAGGGACCGCGCCGCCCGGACGGCCUGCGGAGCGCUGCCAUCAUGAGUGAAAUUCCUAAGGACACCUUGAAGGCCAUUCUGUUGGAAUUAGAAUGUCAUUUUACAUGGAAUUUACUUAAGGAAGACAUUGAUCUGUUUGAAGUGGAAGAUACAAUUGGGCAACAGCUUGAAUUUCUUACCACAAAAUCUAGACUUGCACUUUAUAACCUAUUGGCCUAUGUGAAACACCUAAAAGGCCAAAAUAAAGACGCCUUGGAGUGCUUGAAACAAGCAGAAGAAAUAAUCCAGCGAGAACACUCAGACGAAGAAGAAGUACGAAGCUUGGUCACUUGGGGAAACUAUGCCUGGGUGUGUUAUCACAUGGACCAGCUUGAAGAAGUUCAGAAGUAUACAGGUAAGAUAGGGAAUGUCUGCAAGAAACUGUCCAGUCCGUCUGUCUACAAGUUGGAGUGUCCUGAGAUUGACUGUGAGAAAGGGUGGGCACUCUUGAAAUUUGGAGGAAAGUAUUAUCAAAAGGCUAAAGCAGCUUUUGAGAAGGCUCUGGAAGUAGAACCUGACAAUCCAGAAUUUAACAUCGGCUAUGCUAUCACCGUGUAUCGGCUGGAUGAUUCUGACAGAGAAGGGUCUGUAAAGAGCUUUUCUCUGGGGCCUUUGAGAAAGGCUGUUACCCUGAACCCAGAUGACAGCUACAUUAAGGUUUUUCUUGCACUGAAGCUUCAAGAUGUACAUGCAGAAGCUGAAGGGGAAAAGUAUAUUGAAGAAAUCCUGGACCAGAUAUCAUCCCAGCCUUAUGUCCUUCGUUAUGCAGCCAAAUUCUACAGGAGAAAAAAUUCCUGGGACAAAGCUCUCGAACUUUUAAAAAAGGCCUUGGAGGUGACACCAACUUCUUCUUUCCUGCAUCACCAGAUGGGACUUUGCUACAGAGCACAAAUGAUCCAAAUCAAGAAGGCCACGCGCAACAGACCUAAAGGAAAGGAUAAGCUGAAGGUUGAUGAGCUGAUUACAUCUGCUAUAUUUCAUUUCAAAGCAGCCAUGGAACAAGACUCUAUGUUUGCAUUUGCCUACACAGACCUGGCCAACAUGUAUGCUGAAGGAGGCCAGUAUAGCAAUGCUGAGGACAUUUUCCAGAAAGCCCUUCAUCUGGAGAACAUAACGGAUGAUCACAAACAUCAGAUCCACUACCACUAUGGCCGCUUUCAGGAAUUUCACCGUAAAUCAGAAAAUACUGCUAUCCAUCAUUAUUUAGAAGCCUUAAAGGUCAAAGACAGAUCACCCCUUCGCACCAAACUAACAAGUGCACUGAAGAAAUUGGCUACUAAGAGACUUUGUCACAAUGCUUUAGAUGUGCAGAGUUUAAGUGCCCUAGGGUUUGUUUAUAAACUUGAAGGAGAAAAGAGGCAAGCUGCUGACUACUAUGAGAAGGCGCAAAAGAUAGAUCCAGAAAAUGCAGAAUUCCUUACUGCUCUCUGUGAGCUCCAACUUUCCAUUUAAAUACAUACUCUAGGAAAUUAGCUAUAAGCUUUUCCCUCCAUUUUGGGUUCUUCUAUUUUUUGUUUUAAUCCAUUGUUUAUUAUAGAGUUAAGAUUUAUUGAACAGUUAUUGCGUACCAUGCAUUGUGCUAAAAAUUUUAUAUGCAUUAUGAUGAAUCUUGUGCUGUUUUCUUUUUUCUUUUUAACUAAAAUACUAUAAUCCAUUGAGAAAUAGCAAUAUUUUAGCUGUUGUAACUUUUAAACAUGGUAUGGCCGUUAUUAUUGUGCUCUGUAUCUGUGCUUUUCUUAAUACUUUGCAGAUUAAGUUUUGGCAAAUUUCUUAUAUUAUUUAGUAAGUAUAAUCCUAUAUAAACCUUUGAUACCUAGGUCAGGAACACUCAGGAGUACAAAAUUAUUUAUUAAUACUUAAGCUCUUAACUAUGUAAGACAGCACAUUUUAGUUAGAGAUGAUUUGACUUUGGUAAGGAUAUUUAACUAUCAAUCUAUUAGUCACCUAAAAUAUCUUUUUUGUUGGAAAAAAAGUUUAUAACAAAAAAGUUUGUCAUCUCUGGUGACUUCAAUAAAAAGAAAAAAACUAGAAGAGGAGAAAAAAUAUUUUCUCAGAUUUUAAAUCUGUAACUUCAGAGAUUCAAUCCUCAAAUGUUUAUUAAGUAGCUAGAAAUAAUUUAAGUGAAAAAAAUGAAUAAUGGAAAAUAGUCUCAAGUUGUUCUGUUUUUUUUUUUAACUAAAAAACUUUGCACUGAAUUUAGAUGCCAUUAAUUUUAUUCCUUCCAACUAAAAUUACAAUACUUUUAGGUUAAAAUUAUUGAGAUAUAAAGCAGCCAUUGGGAAAUUGGAGGAAUGAUAAACCAAUGGAAAAAGGAGAUGUCCCUACCCUACAUCCCUAGAUUAUCAAGAUUUCAGUGUACUAGUUUUGAAUCUGUUCUGAAUAGAGUUUUUAUACCCUCAUUUCUGGCCUUUGGCUAUUUUAGCAAAUCAAAAUGACUUCUAUGAAGCCUUUUUUUUUUUUUCAAUGUGAAAUUUUCAGAGUUUUUUUCACGUAGAUUCUCUAGGAAGAGUUAAGUGCUGCUUUUAAUUUAAGUUUUAAUAUCCACCUUGAGGAGUCACUGCUUGAGACUUUUAUGCCAGGGGACUUUUUAAUUCGGGGACGUUACUUAAUGUGGCUUCUCUAAUGUAGUUUGUUUGAUUAUAAACUAUGCAAUUAUAUGCUACCACAUUAUUAGUGAAAAAGUACCAUGUGAUUUAAUUCUCCAUUCCUCCAGUGUAACUCUUAAAAUUAUUAUGUAUGUGUGUUUUACUUUCUGUUACUUUUUAUCUUUAAAAUUUCUAUUAUGAUUUGUUAUAAAAAUAAUGAAUUCUCAUUGUAAAUUCCAAAAAAAAUUACAAAAGUAUGUGAAUUUAAAAAUGAGAGCUGUCCCCUCACCUUACUACAGUUUCACAUCCUCAAGGUAAACUAAUAACAAUUUGAUAUGUAUACUUCCAGAUCUUUUUUAUGUAUGCAGUCAGACAUACAUAUAUACUGCAGUGUAGCUCACAUAUUAAUUUUUAAAAAAUCUUUUGUUUACUUAA